AUGCAAGUUUCAGAUAUUUGGAGGAGGCUCUUGAUAGCCGCAGCCGUUGGGGCAGGAGUAGCUAUUGCUGUCCCUGUUACGAUUGCUACAUUCGGAUUCGGUCCCGCUGGGGUGGCUGCAGGUAAAAGCUUCAUAUCAGCUUUGGAAAUCGAUCUUAUCACAUAUUGUAUUGUGCACAGGUUCGGCAGCAGCGGCUUGGCAAUCCAUCGCCUAUGGGGGCCUUGUUCUGCUGGAAGCGUGUUUGCUAUACUUCAAUCCCUAGGAGCAACCGCAGGGGCAGCUCAACUUGGCGUAGGGCUGGGCGGACUUGCCGCCUUUGGGGUGAUAGUCGGUGAUUCAGCCUGA